AUGGCUUUAAAAGAAAUGGGCAACGAACACUACAAGGCCGGGAAAUUCAAGGAGGCUGAUCAACUAUAUUCUCAGGCUAUACAACAGAAUCCUGCUGAUCCAAAGCUUUUCUCCAACCGCGCGCUGACGCGUGUCAAAUUACAAGAUUGGAGUGGCGCUGAGAAUGAUGCUCGCAAAGCUAUAGAAUUAUAUGGCCCAAAGAAUCCCCUCUCGAUGAAAUCAUAUUACAGCCUCGCUCAAGCCCUUCUUGGUCUCAAGCAUCCUGUCGAGGCCCUGGAAACUGCCAAGCACGCAUACAAGAUCUGUCUUGAAAUCAGAGAUUCUUCUAGUGAGGUACUGAGCCAGUUUAUACUCCGGACGAAGCAGGCGCAAUGGCAGAGCAACGAAACUGCGAGGUUGAGACAGCUCAAUGAGACCCUAGCAAACGUAGAAGACCUAUUACAGCAGCAACUAGAUAAAGAGCUUGACGAUCUGGAGGAGAGGUACUCGAGACAAGAAAUCGGUGAGAUUGGGCGCAACGAAGAAAGGGCGGCCCUUGAGAAAGAAGCAGAAGAGCGGAGAAGAAAUAUCAGGGACGCAUUCAAGAAUGCACAGGUUGAGGAGACUGCAGAAAGAAUUGUACCAGAUUACCUUGUUGAUGGAAUCACAUUUGAAAUUAUGCACGACCCGGUCAUUACUCCGUCGGGCGUUUCGUACGAGAGGAUAAGCAUCCUGCGACACCUCAAAGCUAGUCCGUUUGAUCCACUCACAAGAGAACCACUGAGCGAAAAGCAACUUAUACCAAAUGUCGCUCUCAAGAAUGCGAGUUCAGAAUUCCUGGAAAAGAACGGUUGGGCCGUUGACUACUAA